AUGGACAUCCCAAGAUGCGCACCAAGGGAACCGGGAGGCUCGCCGCCGGCCAUAUACAUCGAGGGAUCGAGCCACUUCGAUCACUAUGGAGGCUCGGGCCGGUCUCAUAUGCAAUCGAGAUUCCAAUCCUCUCUAGCCUCUUCUACCCCUAUGCCGAUAUCUAACAGCCGCCGCCUCGCUGAGGACGAUGCACCGCCGCCACUACCUCCUCCGAAAUACCUACCUGGGCUUGGACAGCCGGCUCCUACUCGACACGACCGUAUCCCAUCGAUUGAUUCCAAUGCAAGCUGGGAUAGUACUAGACAAGAAUUGGAGCAGGAUCGGCCUCCGUAUGGUAGGGCUGAUACCGAUCGCGGAAUAGGCCGGCCUCAUAGAGACGAAGGCUAUCAUAGUCUCAACUCCACCAUCUCGUCGUUAGGAUCCCAGGACUCUCUCCCCAAGAAACUCUUCAUGUCUCAUGACCAGUACCAGUUUAACAGGCCGAACAGCAACGACUAUGACAGCUCGUUAAUCAAGAAGCUGGACUCCAGACGAACAUUUGACAACAGGACCCCGCCUCGGCGGUCUGCUCUCAGUGCUUCCGUGUCGAACUUGACUGCACACGAGCAACGUCUGCACACCCAACCAACACCUAUUUCUCUUCCUAUUCGGCCGAGCAAUAAGCUGGUUAUCGAUUCACCCGGCCGUUAUACGGACACUCCCCCACAGUCUGCACUCUCCCCGCGUGGGCCUUCGUUCUACGGGGCUUCGAGUAGUGAAUAUCGUUCGCCUAUAGAACCUAUGGAUCUAGAUCGAUCGCCUUUUGCGCGAACGAGAAGGAAUAACAGCGGUUCAUUACCCGAUGAUGCAACGAUAUCCACGCACAGCAGCUACGACAAUGCAGAUGACAAUGACUUUACGAUGGAGGAUAGGUCGCAAACUGAGGACUACAUGUUGCGGUCAGAGCACCAGGCCAUUGGGCAGAAGAGACGGGCGUCUUCACCGCCUGGGGAUGACGUCCCGAUGCAAGGCAUAUCCGGAUUAUGCGACCCAUUACGACGUCGUGAGGGCGCAUCCAGAGCAUCACCAACACCACGUCUCGCCGGCAUCCCUCCCGGUUCUAUUCCUUCCGUCCCAUCCACCACGCGAAGUGGAUCUUUUGCUUCAAAUGCCUCACUUACCACCAACCUGUCAAGUAUCAAUUCUUACACUGGGAGAUCGCCUGGCGGCUUAUCUAGUGGAGGACUUUCUCCCGUUGACGUCAUCUCAAACUCGCCUUAUAGUUCUCUCGGUCACUCGCCACGCGCUUCGCUUGCGCGUGUCCCCCACCAGCGUAACCUUAGUAGUGAAACCAGACGUCUCGCCUCACCCCGUAAAGUGAGUGAAGUAUCUAAAACCGGUAUCUCGAAGAUACCUGGUGGUUUCUUCAUGUGCGAAUGCUGUCCUAAAAAGCCCAAAAAAUUUGAGACGGCAGAAGAACUAAGCGCUCACGAGGCCGAGAAGCAAUACGAAUGUUCGUUUUGCGGUAAUCGGUUCAAGAACAAGAAUGAAGCAGAGCGCCAUCAAAAUAGCCUGCAUGUAAGGCGACAUAGCUGGUCGUGCUCUGCAUUACUUCUUUCGCGCUACGACCGCGCGUUUCACGAGAGUACCAACCGACCUGGUGAAGCAGAUACAUGUGGUUACUGCGGAGAGGAAUUUGAGCGCCACGGUGGUGUUGGGCGUCCACGACAGCCAACAGAGCAGGAUUGGGAUGAACGACUGAAACAUCUUCAAGAGGUGCAUAAAUUCCGCGAAUGCAACUCGAGCAAGAAAUUUUACCGUGCAGAUCAUUUUCGACAGCAUCUAAAGCACAGUCAUGCGGGGACCAGUGGUAAAUGGACUAAUAUGUUAGAAAAUGCAUGCAUGCUCGAUGAAGAGCCACCACAACCGUCGAGAUGA